AAUGGACGCUGUGUGAAAGACAAGCCUUAAGGCUGUACGCGGCCAUAACUGCGAACAAAAAGUAAACAAAAUUGUUUAUGUGGUAACGGACGGUUGCGUAAUGCUUCAUAUAAAUUAUGUGAUAAAACUGUGUUAAUCUCGUGUACAAACAACAGUCCUCUUUCAGUAUGUAAAUUCUAAAUGUAGAGCAGUUAUAGCGUCGACGAAAUAUCAUUAUCGAAAAAAUGAAAGUAACAACACUAAAGGGGAUCUUUCCGGACCCUAAACCACUCAAGAGGAAAAAUUUCAUUCAUGAAAAUGUGAAAAACCUCCGGCGAAUGGAACAGUGCUUUCAAGCUAACAAGGAAGCAGAAGAGUUUCAGAAACUACAGCUGCGUAAAUAUCACGGCAGACCCAUAGAUAAAUACCAAAAUGUAUCUGCGAGGGUAAUCACUCAUUUUCGUGAAAAAAAGAAACAUGAAGAUAAUAACACAGUAUCGAAAGAUAAUAUCGACCUGACUCCAACUAAUAAAGUGGAAAAUAAGGAGCAAAAAGCUCAAGAUGAAAUUGAUAUACUUGAAUCGGAGCAUGUUACUGCUUCCAACAAAAUUUUCAAAACAGAGAUAGAUUGUAACAUAUCUGAUAAACAGAGAAAACCAGAAAGAAUAAGCAAACACAAUAAAAAUUACAGUCGGCAAAAAAUUUCGUCUUUACUAAAUGUACAUAAAUUUGACAAUGUUGUAAAUAAUAUAAAUGUACAAAAUAUUGUUAAGUGCAAAAAUCAAGGAACCCAAACUUUGGAUACAGACCAAAUGGAAAGUAUAUAUUCCGAAGGUAUCAUUCGGUAUCCCUCAAAAAGAAUUACAAAGCAUGACGAUACAGUUAGUAAUGUCAAUUUAAAUGAACAAGGGAAAAAAGUUUCGAAACUACAGUCAUAUUCUGCUGCAAACAGCAGAGGUGAUAUGUACACUCCUGAAGACUUGCGGAAGCUUGAUUUACGAAAUGCUGUGUCACCGACACACAAUAAAGAAGUCGACUUCAUCAAGUUGAAUAAAGAAUACACUUCCGUGGCUAAUAAGUUGGCGAUGCAACUCAACAGUGGUGCACUACCUGUACAUUAUCGCAAAGGAGUUGUUCCUAAAUAUCUUCAAGAUAGAAAAGAAGCUCAGCAAAAAGAGCAGAAAUCCAAAGUGGAAAUGUUAUAUCCUGAUUGUCCAGAGGGUCAUGUACCUUUGCCUGAUGACGAGCGUAAGGAGACAUUGCGGUUAUUAAAAAAAAAUUAUCAAGAAUAUGUCGAUGAAUUGAAUAUGAUGCCUAUAAAAACGGAUACACUCAGGGCACAAAGGCGUAAGAUGGAAAUAGAGAAGCAAUUGAAUAAAUUAGAAGAAGGGAUUAAAGUGUUUUCACGUCCUAAAGUUUACGUCGAGAUAAAUGCAUAGACUGUAUCCCCCUUAUGAUUAUAUAACAUGUACAUACAGUAACUAUUGUUGGCUGUUAUCAUCAUCACGAAGUAUCGUGCACUAUAUCGAGGGUCUAAUAUAAUGAAUGUGAUUGUUUUAUUGCCAAGUGUUGCAAAAUGAUUAAUUGUACAUGCAUUUCGCACAUACUGAAAAAUUACUCUCAAUUGUCUCACGUUUGAAAGAUUUUGUGAUUAAGAAAGGAUUAUAAAAUUAUUUUUUCGCAAUAAAACAUAUCCCUUAA